AUGACGCGUCCCCCCAUCGCUCUGGCGUAUCCGCCGGACGUGGCGCACGCCACCACGCGGCUCUGGGUCCUGCCGCACCCACGCACGGGCGUGCCGACCUACUUUGCCACGUCUCAGGACGGCACAACCGCGUACGAGCUCCUCGUGACGCGUCCACCCACGCGCAGCUGGCUGCUUCGUGGACACGACGACGACGGGUACGUCAUCGCCGAUGGCGCCAUGCGCAUCCUGAGCCGCAUUGACCCGGCCUUUCUGCUACUGGGCAUUUUCUGCGUGCUCGAUACAUCCCAGCAGUACUGGCCGCUAGACGACUGGCUCGAGGCGGCGACGGACGUGCAUGUCCAGCGACGGUCGAUGAGCGCAUGGCCUGACAUGGCCGCCUUUGUCGCGCUGCCGUCGAUGCAGGCACAUCUCGAUCGCAUCUGCGCGACGCAAGAGGCAGACGGCGGGCGCGUCUAUCGCCUGGAUGAAACGCGCAUUCGUGCGAUGCUCCAUGCCAAAGCCCAGCGCGUAUGUGCUCGGGCGCCGGAGCAGGUAGCGGCUCAAGCGUGGCGCACACUGGACGCGUCAGCUUCCGACGCUGACGUGGACAGCGCUCAGCAGGAGGUGGCGCGACAAUGGAUCGAAGCCUACGUGCCCCUAUCGGUCCGUUGGUAG